AUGUUCCAGAUGAAGUCUAUUAUACUGCUUGCUGUCGUAGGAAUGGCAAUAGCGAUGAGGGAUCAGUCUAUAGCUGUUCGUGGCAAGCUGAUAUGUGGAUCAAAACCAGCCUCGAACGUACGAGUGAAGCUCUGGGAAGAGGAUAGUGGUACUGGGUUUCAUGUUCAUUCUUUUGGACCCAUCUCAAAGGAUUACUAUCUAAAUUACAUUAUUACUGUGGAAGCGGCUAAUUCGAAAGGUCCUGAUCCGGAUGAUCUUCUUGACCAGGGCUACACUGAUGCAAAUGGUGAGUUCCAUCUACAGGGUGGCACUGCCGAAUUAACACCGAUUGACCCGGUCUUUAAAGUAUACCACGACUGCGACGAUGGAAUCAAGCCUGGAUCAAGAAAGGUGAAGUUUGCCCUUCCGAAGUCCUACAUUACACACGGCAAGACACCCAAGAAAACGUUCGAUAUAGGUGAGUUCAAGUGA